AUGUAUUAGCACUUAAGAUUAGGACUCGUUGCCAUGUUAAGGGGACAGACAUUGCAAUUUUAUUGCAAUGAGUUCGUCAACUGUUGCGAGUGCAAGUUUGCUCCACUGAAAAAUUGUCACGUCACGUCGAAAAUUGAAUUAUAAAACGCUAGUGAAAAUUGAAGUAUAAUGAGAAGCUACAAGUUUCAUAUAAAAACAUGGAAUGCUGGACCGAUGAUCAACUUCUUAAACUCGUUCGACUCUACUCACGAUUUCCUAACCUUUGGGAUCAUAAUGAACCUUCUUACGACGAUUUGCCUAGCAGAUAUUAUUCGUACUCUCGGAUUCUUCAGGGUCUUUGCAUGCCCGAGCACGUGACGGUCAGCGACGUGCUUUCGCAACUACGGAAAUUGCGGAGAAUCUACGUUUCGGAAUUGCGGAGAAUGGAUGUGGCCCUCAAGAGCGGAAGGAUUUGCCAACCUGGAGUCGUAUGGUUCGAGGUUAUGCAUCGCUUCCUCUACGAUCAUUUGGAUGCUGAUGAGAGACUCGCGAGAUCCUCGAACAUUAGCAUCCACUCAAGAGGUAGCAGCAGCCACUCCUGGCCCACUUGCUCGAGUCAAGGGGCGAGUCAGUGCUGUGAGAAAGAAGAGAAAGCUGAGAUUUUCCAAGAAAAUUCGUCGGAUCAGCGCAGAGCACAAAAAGGUCAUAUUUUUUUUUUACGAGCACCGACCACUCUCCCAUUGGCAAGGAUGAACACCGUAUAUGAAAUAACAAAAAGGAAGGGGACGAAUUUGGAUAGCGAAAAAAAAUCUGAUGAUAACUCAAAAUGUAUUCAGUGUAAAGUAUUUUGUGAAGAGCCAAAUAUACAGGGGAAGAAAAGGAGACACGUUGCUUGUCCGGGUACUCUGCGCAUUAGAUGCAAAGAUAAGUUUCAUGUUGAUAAUUUGGAUAAGGAUCAGUUAUCAUCUAGAGUGUCAUGCUCAAAGGACGACGGGCGACCUUAUCACGAGAUGUCAAGAACUGUUUGUAGGAAUGAAGGACCAUCCAAGUGUCGCUCUUGCGAGGAACGUGAAAAGAACAUUCAGAUGAAUAAAGUGAUCGAGAGUUGUAUUUCGGCAGCCAGAAAAUCCUUGUCAAAUAUUCGUCAACAACGUCCUGAAUUGGAUGAACAUUUAAUAUCUAGGACUCUACAGAAAAAGGAUUCUGCAGAGAAGGAUGAAGAUGUACAAAAUUCAUCCUGCGUAUCAAGAUCUCGUCAUGAGAAUACUAAAAAUGUUGUAAAAUGUCCCAAGGAAGAGACUAAAGUCAUUUGUCUAGGGGAUGACAUGGAGGAUCAUCUGUCGACUAUAUUGAAUGACACUACAAUAAAAUUAUGUCCCGUCGAUAUUAUAUGCAAUUCCGAUGCGUCGAGAUGGUCCUCUUGUAAAAGUUGUUCAGAGCCAACUAAAUCAGUAAAACUACCAAUAUUCGCUAAAAAAGGGAAUGCCGACAGUUUACAAGAAGUUCUGGAAAUGGCGAGAAUCGAAUUGCAGGAUGCUGGAACAUUAUACAAUGAUAAUAGUAAACUUAUUAGAGGCUCGCGAGAUGGCUUACAGGUUGCGGAAGAGAUAAAUAAAGAAUAUGAUUGGUUCGGGACGGAAGUGGCAACUGCGCUAAAAAAGACUGACAGGCAGAGAGCGAUAAAACUUAAGGAAUUGAUCUUGGAAACUUUGCACACUACAGAAUCUAGGGAAGUGGAUAAUGCAUCUGAGUUAAAGUAUAAUGCGCUGUCCAAUGUGAAUUCUAAAAAAAUAAGGAUUUCCGCUGAGCUAAAGGAACCUCGUUAUUCUUCUGAAUCAAUAAAUCCAAUUCAAGAAUUAGAAACGGAGAACAGAGUCCCUGUCUUAGAUUCGUUAAGAGAUAUACCAAAUUCUGAAGAACAACUAGGAGAUGAUCUAAAUCCACUAACAAAAAACACAACUUAAAAAAUUAAUUCAUAAAAACUAAAAGAAUAAGACUUUUGA